CGCAUGCAGUUCUUUGAGUGUCCACGCGAUGGCGACAAGGCAGCAGCACACUGAUUUAAUUUCCAAUCGCCUCCGCUCCAUCAGUUUUGUCCCUGAGCGCGACCCGUCCUCCGUCCACAGAAGGACGAGGCAGAAUCUGAGAGCGGUCUCCCCGCAGCCGAUGCACUGCUGGACUCAAAGAUGGAGAGCGACACCACGGUCCGCAGAAUAAAGCCUUACGGGACGCAGAGUUACGCGACGCCCGACGACGACGGCUCCUCCCGGCACCGGUGCGGGGACAACGGCUACAGCGGCGACCCGAAGAGGAAGCCCGAAGUGAGCCUGUACCUGCUGCGGGAAGGACUCGCAACUUCCCUGGUGUGUGUGUUCGUGCUGGCGCUGUGGGGACUGGUUCAUCUGUCGCUACGGCAGCUCGUCAUCGGGAAGCCGAGCGGAGAGUUCAACGCGGUGAGAGCCAGAGUGCACUUGGAGCAGAUCACCAGCGUCGGCCCGCGGCCGGUUGGCAGUCAGGAGAAUGAAGUCCUGACAGUGGGCUACUUGUUGGAGCAGAUUGAGAAAAUCAGGGUGGAGACGGCAGCGGGCCCCAAUAAGCUCACGGCAGAUGUGCAACGUCCAACCGGAACGUUCUCCAUCGACUUCCUCGGGGGCUUCACCAGCUUCUACGACCGGGUCACCAACAUCGCUGUCAGGCUGGAGCCCAAGGGUGGAGCCAAACAUCUCAUGCUGGCCAACUGCCACUUUGACACAGUGGCCAACAGUCCAGGUGCCAGCGAUGAUGCAGUGAGCUGUGCCGUGAUGCUGGAAGUUCUCCAUUCUCUGGCCAACGACUCCACUCCUCUUCAGCAUGGAGUUGUGUUCCUCUUUAACGGGGCAGAGGAAAAUAUCCUGCAGGCCAGUCACGGUUUCAUUACCCAGCACCCUUGGGCCAAGCAGGUGCGCGCCUUUAUUAACUUGGAGGCUGCAGGUGUUGGGGGCAAGGAGGUUGUUUUCCAGACAGGUCCAGAGAACCCGUGGCUGGUUCAGGCCUACGUCCAAGCAGCCAAACACCCUUUCGCCUCAGUGGUCGGCCAGGAGGUCUUUCAGAGCGGGAUCAUCCCUUCUGACACUGACUUCCGCAUCUACAGGGACUUUGGUAACAUCCCAGGCAUUGAUCUGGCUUUCAUUGAAAACGGUUUCAUCUACCACACCAAGUAUGACACCGCUGACAGGAUCCUGACAGACUCGAUACAGAGAGCAGGCGACAACAUCCUGGCGGUGCUGAAGUACCUGGUGACGUCGGAGAGGUUGGCCGACUCCUCUGAGUAUCGUCAUGGCAACAUGGUAUUUUUUGACCUGUUAGGGUUUGUCGCGGUGGCGUACCCCGCUCGUGUUGGCACCAUCCUCAACUACAUAGUAGCCACGGCCACCUUUGUCUAUCUGGCCAAGAAAGCGUCACUGCCUGGCAAUGGGGGUGGCCGCUAUGUUCGAGAUCUGGCCUGUGCCACGGGUGUCACAGUGCUGUGCUGGGUAGUCACCCUGCUGCUGGUGCUGAUUGUGGCUCUGCUCGUUACUCUGCUGGGUCGCUCCAUGUUCUGGUACAACCAUUUCUAUGCCUCCAUCUGCCUGUAUGGGGCCGCAGCCACCGGGAAAAUCAUCCUCAUCCACACGCUCGCCAAGAACCUUUACUACGGGGGCGUCCGACUCGUGGAGCUGGGUGAUCUGUAUUUUGAUGUGAGUUUACUUCUGUGGUGCUGCAGCCUGGUGUGGUUGACCCAGCAGGGCCUGUGUUCAGCCUACGUCCCCAUGCUGAUGGUGGCCUUCCCCCUGGUCACCCGACUGCUGCUGGCCAGGGAAUUUAAACACAGAGGGGCGUCUCUGAAGUACAGCGUCCUCUACCUGCUGGGCCUGGCAUUGCCAUAUGUCCAUUUCAUGUUCCUUAUCUGGGUGGUGUUUGAGAUUUUCACCCCCAUCAUGGGUCGCAGCGGCACAGAGAUACCCCCCGAGGUGGUGCUGGCCUCCCUGGUCACCCUCGCAACCAUCUUUCUCUCCUCGUUCUUUCUACAUUUCAUCUAUUUGGUACGGAGCACUAAGUGGAUCCUGACUGGUCUGGGAUCAGUCUUCAUCAUCUUGUUCCUGUUGGUGUCCUGCGGUGUCUUCUUUCCUUUUUCAGGCAGUCCAGACAGUCCCCGGCCUAAACGAGUCUUCCUGCAGCAUACGACGAGGACUUUCCACAAUCUCCAGGGACAGGUGGAGAGCCGGGACUCGGGGCUUUGGAUUAACAGUUUUGACUUCACGGGCAUCCAGCACAUCACCCCCUACAUCCCAGAGAUCAACGACAGUGUCCGCACGCACUGCCGAGAGGACCGACCCUUCUGUGGUUACCCAUGGUUCCUGCCAGUAAAGUUCCUCAGCAAGAAGAACUGGUACCUUCCUGCCCCAGAAGUGUCUCCGAGCUCUCCAGUGGCAUUCAGCCUUGUGUCCAAAGAGGAGACGAGCUGGGGGACAGUCAAGAUGACCUUCAACGUCAAAGGCCCCAGCCACAUGUCUCUGUAUCUGAUGCCUCACCGAGGAGCAAGCCUGUCCACCUGGUCCUUUGGAGACGGGACACCUCAGUUUGACCUGAGUGGAGAAUAUUUCAUCUUCUAUUCUCACGGCCUCGACGCCCCAACAUGGACCUUUUGGUUUGAAAUACAGCCUCCAAGAGAACCCGACCCCUCGGGCCCUGAGGGGAUGAUCUCCGUCGCUAUCUCCUCCCAUUAUUUCUUUGGGGACGACCAGCGCACUGCUCAGCUGGAGGAAAUGAUCCACAAGUUUCCCACGUGGGCUUUUCCUUCGUUCUGGGUCAGCACCUACGACAUGUACCGAUACUGAGGAGCUGCACAUCCAUCGUGGAGGCUGACGCUAAGAGCUGAGGGCUGCCAGGGGAGCUCCAGAGACGGGGAAAGGCGAUACCAAGCAACAAUACUGAGGACAGGCCCUGCUGCCUUUUUUUUUUCACUCUGACACAAACACACACUCUAACACACACUCACCCUCCCGGCCUGCCUGAGAGACCCCUCACCACUGUGUCAGCAGGCGUAGCCGCUAACCGAGCAGGAGGACGUGCUGAGACAUGCCGGAGGAAAGCCGAGCUGAACGCUCACAGACUGAGCAACACACUGACCACCACAAGCCUUGUGCUCACUCCUGGAUCAGUGAAACGAAGGGGUUACGAGUUUCUUCCUCUUUUUUUUUUUUGAACUCAAUCUGUCGUGCCUUUGCUUUGCUCGCUCACGCCAUCUCAGCCCCCUCCUCCCUCUCCCUCUUGCUCACUGCCUCCUCCUUUCCUCCCCCUCUCUCACGCCAACACACGUCCUGAAUGAAUUGAUUCGCAUGGCUACCUCCACUGCUCGUUUAUCAGCAAACUACUCGGGCCUUCCUCAGAGGAGAAGUGUCUCUGCCUUCCCUGUAACAAAUGACACCACUACCACUGUUUGCGCUGUAGCUACAGUCACAUACUGAAGAAUAAAGACCUGGUUUUAAUUCACCCUCAUCCCGACUUUAACUGGAAACUUUGACACUUUGAAAGUCACUUUUCAUCAACGCGCGCUCGUUAAACUACGUGUUUAACUAGUUUUUGUAUCAGCCACGUAAACUGUGAAAUUGCUCAGUACUACUACUCCUCAGUAAAGACCACUACAGUGAGUCGCACUUACAAACGUGGCGUGCCGAUGCAGAACACAAAAUGUGGCUGAAAUCAAAAUGUCAACGUUUGUCAGUGUCCGGGGGGGGGGGGGGACUUGCGUUAAUGACCCUGAACCUUGACUCGGUGUGAAAACCAGCAAUGCAGCUCCACGUUCGAAGUGUGUCAGCUUCGGUUUUUGCUGUUUUGCUGUUACUGUAAUAGGAUUUGUACUUGAUGACUUCUCUGUGCUACAACUCAUCUCCAGCAGCACCAGUGAAUAUCUAUCUGGAUAAUUGGUUCAUUAAUUUAAUUGUAGUUGUGCUGAAAUGUAUCUUGAGGAUGUGAAAUGAUACAUUGGUGCUUCUGGAGGCAGCUCACAAUGUCAGUAUCCACUCAUUUUAUGUCUGUUCCUAAUCUUUGUUCUCAUGUCAAGUGGAGCUGAUCUUUACUAAGUGUCACAGCUACGAUCUGGUUCGUAUGAUCUGUUCAACACGUGAUUCCACUUCACAUCGUAGAAACCAUAGAACAUGUAAGUCCACAAUGAUCAAAACUUAAGUGUCUGACACCCAGUUAGCUGUUUUUUAAUGGUCUUGUAAAGACUGGUUUGAAUGUUAUUGUUUGAGAUGUUCAAAUGAUGUUUAGCUGAGAUUGACUAAUGCUGGAGACAGAGGUUAUAGAUUGUGGGCAGGCUGCUUCUGUUUAGUGCAAACUGGAGAUCAUUAGAUUAAUCUGAAGAUGUCAAAGAAUCACGAUGACUCUCCUCCCGGCCUUCGGUUUUCAAAGCUGGUCGUAAAAACCUGGGAGAUUAUUUGCACUUGUUUGAAAUUGUUUUUUUUUUUCCACUUUUGAGUUCCAUCCUGUGCUUCCGUCUGGUUCCAUUCACGCAAGACGAGAAACGCAAACCCGAAGGGAGGCCUGAAGAGGUUCUGCUUCCAAAGACGCAGAAAAUGUUUACUAUCUUGGAAACAAGCAUCUCCGUGGUCUUAAGAGCUUUCAAGUUCCGCACUGUACCGCGUUUCAGCGUGAGCUAAAUUGUCGUCUGUCACGUGACAUAAGUUGAAAAUAUAAAAUCCCUCAACAACAGUUUGGAAGCUGAUUGUCCAGCGCCGUUUUUUUCUUUUAUGCACUGCGGGAAAAACUGAACCGAACAGCUGACGAGGAGAUUUAAAAGUUCAUUCUUGAAAUUGGAAACAUCAAGUCGACCAAAACAAGACACAGCCUGUCGAGUGUUUGUUGUUCAGUCCACACAGCUGACCAGAUGUGAGCAACAUCAUGUAGCUCGCUCUCUCGGGUUCUAGUUCCUCCAUUAACAGGAAGUUUGAUGAAGCAGGGGCUGAUGUGAGUUUUUUAUUUACAUGUGAGAGUUUAAAUACGACCUUUUAGCUUUUGUGUCUGAUUUAAAUUCUGGCGAGGAGGAGUCUGAAAUUUGAUUUUCAAGAAAAGUCUUCACAGCUUCAACUACCCCCCCGUGUGUGUGUGUGUGUGUGUGUGUGGAUCAGAGACUGACUUUAAGUGACAGGCGAUAAUAGAUCUAUGCUGCUGUAUAGAAAGUAAUCCAGUUGACAUGGAGGGCGUCUACAGGAGAGAAAAGCUUUAUUAACAAAUGUAAAUGAAUAUUUUUCUAAAAAAAAAAUCUGUUCUGUGGCGUCGUUUUGAGUUUUGUUAAGAGGGUGAAAAGCCGGAGAUACUAAACAUUUCAAGUCCAGGCAGAAACUUGACUGUUUUUUCUUUCUUUGUAGUUUUAACUGUGCACCCAUUCAUGGGAGGAUUGUGGAUGAAUGACGGAGUGAGAAAACAGGAGGGAUUAUGGGACAGAGCAGUGAGAUAGUAACGCUGUGAAACGACUUGUAAUACAGCGCUGGUGCUCUAACCUUUUGGGAUGAAGUGAACUGAAAUAGUUUGCAGCAGAAUCUAAUGUAUUAACGUGAUUCACUUUAGACUUUUUUUUUUUUAUUGUUCAGUGGAAACUCACUCGGACGGAGCUUUAUCAACUGACCAGUCGAGGGAAAACAAACACAAACGUCCAUAUCAGAAACAGUUUAUCAGAAAUCUCCUCUGACGUAUCGACUAAAAUGUCUUAAUGCCUUGUGUUGAAGAUUUUAAGUUGAAUUUGUUUUGUCGUUUUUUUCAGUUUAUUAGUUAUUUUCUUUUCAACGUCUUGAUUCUCAGUUGUGCCCGUUUCUCUGAAAAUUCAGUUUUUAUUCUGAAGGUUGAGAUUAUUUUUUUAAACAAUACUGAUCUUUUUUUUUUGUGAAACAUGUGACUCUUUAGAUAACUUGUGUUUCUCCUGUUUUUUUUUUUUGAACUGCUGUUUUGCUUCUUUUUGUUUUUUAAAAUGCUGAUUUGUCUGUUAGUUGGAAUUGACUGUUGUGACCGGGGGAUUUUUUGGGGGAUCGAUCUGGUGUAACAGGGUAUCUGUGAUCUAUGGUCUAAUGGUUGGGAUGAUUUUACAUUAUGCAAAAAGCUUGAAUUAUAUUAGCAAAUUGUACAGCAAAUUAAAAAAAAUGCUUAUUAAAUGAAGAUUGGUU